AUGGUUUCCAAAACAAAGGCAGAGGAUGAUAAAUCCUCAGAACCACCCUCGUCUCUGAUUAUUCCUUCACUUCCUGAAGAUAUCAUCAUUGACAUCUUAGCGCGUUCAUCAAGAUUCGACUAUCCAAAACUCUCCCUUGUUUCCAAACACUUUCGAUCACUCGUUGCUUCGCCUGAUCUACACGCAAGAAGAUCCUUGUUGGCCUGCACGGAGCACUGUCUCUACGUUGCCCUCUUUGACAUAAACAACUCUUCUCUUUACCAUUGGUAUAUCCUCUGCCGUAAAGCCAACGGCAGUCACUACUUGCUCUGUGCCCCCUCGACGCUUCCCUUUAUGUAUUACCCUGACUGCUCUGUGGCAGUGGGUUCUAUGAUAUAUGUUUUUGGCGGGGUUACAAAUAUGACGACAAAUGCGUUUAGCAUGGAUUGUAGAUCCCACACGGUGGAAACCCUCCCAAGCAUUCCUAUUCCUUUGGUUUGUAAAUUCGCUGGCUUCAUCGACGGGAAAAUAUAUGUUAUUGGACAUUGCUAUCAUGACAACAAAAAGAAUCUGAUGGUUGUGUUUGAUAUAGAAACACAAAAGUGGGAGAUUAAGCCAGAGAUGGAGGCAGGUUUCAGAGCAAGGGAUGCUAAUCUGGUGAUGGCUGAUAAAAUAUACAGAACGGAUUAUUGUAGUAGAAGCUAUGUGUACAAGCCAGUGGAAAGUAGAUGGGAAAAAGACUAUAUGCUGAUUUAUUGUCCGCAUUGGGUGAAGAAUGCAUGUGUGGUUGAUGAUGUAUUGCUCUACCAGGAUAGGGAAAUGAACACCUUAAAAGCGUAUGAUCCAAAUAUGAGGUAUUGGCGAGUGGUGGAAGGCUUGAAAAAUUUGUUGGCGGAGGCAUCAGGUUCACAGUGGUUACGUAUUGUGAAUUACGGUGGGAAUAUGGCUUUGGUUUUCAGAAGAACAAGUAAGAUUUGGUGUGCGGAGAUUUCGCUGGAAAGACGUCAAGGAGGGGAGAUUUGGGGUAAAGUUGAGUGGUGUGAUCAUGUUUUGACUGGAAAUUUUGGAACUAGGAAAUGUCUAGCUGUUAAGGUUUGA